AUGCGAGAGGUGCGACAGAAGAACUACGUGCUGGCGGCGAGACUGUUUGUUCACAUCGGAAUGCUGAACAUGCUCUUCAUGUUGUUCGACCUGCUGUCAAACCCCAGCUUCAUCGCCUGGGCCCGCAUGGGAUUCCUGCUGAUCGUCUACUCCAUGCACUGGUCAGUUGCCACUGGCGCCCUUCGCCCGAUGCCCAAUCAGAUCAAAGGGGUGUGCGCUGGCUGGUGGACGCUGUUUGCGGCAUUCGUGCUGCUUGCUCCUUGCCACCCUACAGCCAGAGAUGCAAUGUUCAUGCAAGGCUUUAAGAUUGGCAGCCGAUUGACGAUGACCUCCAUAUUCAUUGACACCGAGCUUUGUUUCAUCUUCCAGGCUGUGAUCUCUGCGGCUUCUCUGGUUUCGGAGCUGUUCAUUCACAACACUGGUCAAGAACCCUUCCUGCUGUUGGGCAUGGAGUUUCAGAAUUUCGCCGGGUCCGUGGCGCUGUCUGCGUUGCUGGAGUUUCUCAUCCGUUCCCGUAUCCACGCACUACUGGACUUUGCAGAUGCCGAGACUCUGGUUUCCAGCUUCCAGCACGUCCUUCGCGGGAUCUGCGAUGGAGAUAUCCUCCUCACCAGCGAUAUGACGAUUCACGGCCCUGGCGACUGCCUGCAGAACCUGCUCAUGAACAGAGCGAAUCUGAAUGGCAAAGCUUUUGAGAUGCUGUUGCCACCGGAUGAGCGACAGCGCUUCGCCGACUUCAUCACCGCGUCCACCAAAGCCGCCCUGGAUCCGGCAGAUGGUGCUCGUAUGACUCCGCCCACUUGCCUUCGGGUUUCUUUGUGUGGUGCUUCCAACACGCGUGUGCCAGCGGACAUCUUUCACGUCCCGGUGCCACAUCUCUUUGGUGCUGACCAUCCAUACCACCUGCUGGCAAUAAGUGAAGACUCCGAGUCCCGAAAUCCGCCUGCUCUUGCAAAGGACAUCCCAGACAUGGCAAGGAUAAGAGAACGAUCGGAGAGGUUAAAGUCCAGAACGGCGUCUUCUUCGGGAAGUUCGGCUUCUGGAAGCUCCGUCUGGGAGCCGCUACCAGAGCUAGCCGGGAUGAUGUUGCUGGUGGACGGUUCGAGCCCUUUUCUGGACAUCGAGCAAGCCCAUCUCAGCUUUGAGCGUCGGGUUGGCGAUGAGGAACUUGAGUCCAGUAUGCCCUGUCUCCGGAAAGUUUGUCGGCCAACAGACUGGGAGUCCAUCAGGAAGAAGAUCGACAGAUUCGUCGCAUCCGGUGAGGAUUCUGCUCAAGAAUUGAGGAGCAUCUGCCUGAGAAUGCCGGAUGACCCCCGGAGAUUUCUCAAGGCCAGAUGCGUGCAGAUGUCUGCUUUCGAAUCGCCGCAUGCAGAGGGCUCGCAGGAGCAGAGCGACAGCGUGCCAAUUAAGAUUUGCCUCCAGCUCAGCCAUUUCGUUCAAGACGAAUCUCGACAACGGCAGCAAUCCGAACUUGCCGGCAUCCGCGAGUUGCAUGGAAGGAGGCCAGUGUCCGACAUGGGAUCCGAAAGCUUUACCUCCGCCUACUUCGAGACGGAGGCUGAAGCCCCAGACUCCCCGGAGCCGCGACUCUUCGUCAUCCACGGCACCGGCGAGGCCGAAGAGUUGCUGAGCUCGGGGCAUGCUGCAAAGAUCCUCCAGGCAGCACACGAUGAUGCGACCGCGCUGGUCGUAGGACCUGAGCCUCUUUCCGAACGCUUGCAGAACUUCAAGUGCCACACCAUCUUCAAGACCCGUUUGCCUGAUGCGCUAUCCGUGCCGCAGAUGGGAUCUCUCGCCCUUCCAGACAGCCUGGACGGCGGUGGGAGCAUUUGUUCUGUGAUUUCUCAGGCUUCGCAGCAGGCCUCCCAACAGGCUUCACAACAGGCAGAGACAACUCAAGCUGGGGCCAUCACCGAGUUCCGACAGCUCGUCGAGUACCCUCCGAUCUCAGAGGAGGAUCAGAUCAAGCUGAAGGGCACGCUGAAGCAGUACCGUGAGUGGGAGGCAGCCGAGCUGAAGAAGAUGCGGAAUGCGGGCAAGAAGGAAGAUCCAAAAGCCAAGGCCAAGAAGGACAAAGCGAAGGAAAAGACAAAAGAGAAAGGAAAGAAAGGAAAGAAGGGAAAGAAAGAGGAGGAGGUGGUCGUAGAGGCCAAGGAGAUCCCUCCUGACCCUGCCUUUGCACAGGGGCUCAAGCUCAACGCCUUCGACCACUGUGUGAAGGCCCUGCAGGGCCGCCUUGCGGAGCAGCCGGCGCCGGUUGCUGCAGAGCUGCUGAGUCGGGCUCUUGCUGUGGUUGCGGUCGCAGAGAGGGAGGGAGCGGACCUCGAGGCAGAGUCCAUGCAGGUGGCGAAGGGGGCGCCAGAGGAGGCAGAGGAGGAGGCACAGCCCCCUGAUGGCACGCGAAAUGCGGAGGACUCCAUGCAAGACCAGGAGAACAUCGCUCCACAGGCGACCAAGACAGUGAAGAAAGGCAAGAAGCGGCUAUCUGUUGCAGAGACGGAAUGGUCGUUUUCGUAUUUCAAAUCAGAGACUGGUUUGCAGUUCCUGAUGGACACAGGCAUGCUGGAUCCCGACUCCAAGCCAAGACAGGCCUCGGUCGUCAAGGAAAAGCGGCCGCGGCCGCCGCCGCCUCCGCCACCACGGACUCCUUGGAAUCCACGCCUUGUGGGCGAGCCCGUCGAGGAGCCCGAGCAGGAGGCCAGCCCCGAGAACCAGGCCGCCGAAGACGAGGAGGUCGAAGAUGGUUGGCCCGGAGCCACCUUCGGGGCGCCGGACUUCGGGGCCUUGCCGGAGGAUGUUAACCAGCAGCAGCAGUUCUUCCAGCCGGCACAGCGCAUGCCGAUUAUGGCGGUGCAAGACGAUGCACCUUUCGGUCCGCAUCCGGACAAGAAGGGGCCAACUUGGGACGUUUAUGGCGAGCCGCGCGGCCCGAAGGGCAAGAUCUCUCAGGCGUACGUGGGUGUGAACGCAGACUACAUGGAGGUUGAAGGGCCGACUGGGCGGAAGACCAACACGGCCGCUUUGGCACACAAGCGCAGUCACGUCAAGGGCCUGGGUGACAACCACAUGCUCGUCGAGGUCAUGCCGGGGGCCUGCCGCUUCGGUCCACUGCGUCAAGGCUCACUCUACAGGAUGUCUGUGUACGUUCGAAACUUGGAGGUCGAUGUCACCAGGUUUAACGUGAAGCCGCCGGAGAGCAAGUUGGUGAAUGUGAAGUGGCAGCCGGGACACCUUGCGCCAGGCAUGGCAACCAAGCUGACGGUCGAGGUCUUGGCCUUGGAACCUGCUCGGAUUGAGCAGCUGUUGGAGGUUCAUACAAAGGCCCACAUCGUCCGUGUGCCGAUCACGGCUCGGAUAGUGGGUGCCGAAGAGUACGACCGCUUGGAUGCAGAGUCGAUGGCUCUGCACGGCCGGCGGAUUGGGCGUCACCGUGAGAAGUCGGAGACACACAAGCCCGGGCCGGUGCAGCUAAUCACGGAGCCAAGCUACUGCAAGAAGGUCAUGGGCCCCACGUGGCAACCUCCCCCUGUGGAGUUCGAUGACCUCCCGGCGACGGAGCUCUUGCGUUGA